GAUCAGUGUGAUCUGAGAUUUUUAACAUUUCUAAUGUAGUCUUUGAGCUGAACAGAAGCAGAUAUAACUUUGAGCUUUCUUCGAUUAAGAGAAUAUACAUUAUAAUUUUUUGUGAAACAUGAUAUCAAAUAAAGGUCCUUCGAUUGGUGCCCGACAUCUUCAGGUUCUGUUGCUUUUCUUUGCAAUAGGUGUUAACUUUAUUACAAGGGCUUAUGUUUCUGUAGCACUAGUAGCCAUGACAGAUGCAGAAACUACAAAUCCUAAUUUUUAUGAAUUCAAUUGGAAUGAAAAGGAAAGAUCUUACAUUUUGAGUAGUUUCUAUUGGGGCUACAUGGCAACUCAAUUUCCAGGUGGCUAUUUGUCUAGAAUUCUGGGUGCCAAAACUUGUAUCCUCAUUGCAACUGUUGGAUCCUCACUUCUUAACCUGCUCAUUCCAUUGACAGUAUACUGGGGCGGUUGGCAAGUUUACUGUGCCAUACGAGUCGGCCAAGGACUAUUUCAGGGAUUGGUUUUUCCAUCUAUUCACGCUCAUUUAGCUAAAUGGUCACCUAUUGAGGAACGAACUCGUCUUGGUGGAUUUGCCCAUCUUGGUGUUCAGAUUGGCAUUGUUCUAGCCAUGAGUCUUACAGGAUUGAUUGCCGCAUCAGAUUUUGGAUGGCCGGGAAUAUCGUACAUUUAUGGAGGAAUAGGAGUUGUGUUUUGUACGAUUUGGAUAAUUUUUGCUGAAAACUGUCCAGCAGAUGCUCGAUUUAUAACAUCUGAGGAGAGGAAAUACAUUAUUUCAGCACAGGAAGGUGUCGAAAGCAAAACUAAACAGCGUAUUCCAGUCCCUUGGAAAGCUAUUCUUACUUCAGGACCCUACAUUUCCCUACUUGUUGUUCAAUCUAGCCAAGGGUGGAGCUCGUCGAUUAUGCAGACGCAGAUUCCAGCAUAUCUGCAUGGAGUCCUUAACAUGGAUAUCAAAAGCAAUGCCUUAUUCUCGACACUUCCCUACAUAGCGAUGUUGAUUAUGUCGUUGGUUUUUCUUUUUGGAGCCGGAAUAGUUUUGAAGAAUCAGUGGGCUCCCUUGGGCGUAGUUCGAAAAACUUUAAACACUAUUGCAAUGUGGGGCCCAGCUGCAUUGCUAAUUGGAGUUGCGUAUCUUGAUGAAAAUCAAAAAGCCUUGGCUAUAGCGUUUUUGACUCUUAACGCCGGUCUUAAUGGUGGAAUGACGAUAGGAAGUGGACUUAAUGCAAUCGAUCUAUCUCCAAAUCAUGUUGGUAUUCUAAUGGGAUUACUGUGUUGUAUUACAAAUAUCAUACCAAUCAUAACUCCUCUGGCAGUUGGAAUUAUUGUCUAUGAUGAGACACAACGAGCACUUUGGAAAAUUGUCUUCAUAAUCGCUGCUGUUUUCUUCUUUUUUGGAAAUCUACAAUACAUCAUAUUUGGAUCAACCAAUACUCAACCUUGGAAUGAUGCAGACUAUCAACAGAAACAUGACAAUAAGCAAAAUAAUAGUUCACAUAGCACAAUGACAAAAACUGACACUGUAAAUUCAAUAAAAUCUGAUAGUUUAAAAGAAGUUGUUAGUUAGAAAAAUAUUCUUAGAAUUUAUUUUUUCAAAUGCUUUUUAUAAUUUUUACUAGGUGUAAAUAUAUUUUUAAAUUGUUGAUA